AUGAAUAUUGACAAGUAUGGUAAGAGACAAGAUGAGACAGCAGAGGAAAUGUCAUUGAGACUGUACGCUACAGAGCUGCAUGAGUGGAAUCACAGGCACUGGCAAAAACAGAACUUUUCUUAUUCUAGCAUAAAGCAGCGAUUGCUUGAUGAGAUUGAAGAAAACGACAUAGAAGAUGAACAAGAGAUUGAGCGAAUCAUGGAGGAAUUCUACAGGACAUAUCUCUUGUCAAAUAAAGACAACUUUAACACAUACACAGAAGAAUGGCGUUUGAACAACCCCAACACCCAGACUCAACUACAAGACCACAUAACCAGAAUAAACUCACAACUAUCAGCUUUGUUUCUGGAGAUAAGAAAAGGAACCUGCGAGAACAGCGGCACUAAAUAUUACUGCUUUGUUAACAACCAAGAGGACGAGAUCUCUAAACUCUGCUCCAACUAUGCACCCCUAGACUUUGCGUACUUCCGUAAAAUAAUCGAACAGAUGAUAUUAUCGGAUGAGGGCUGUGUCCAGAGCACAGAUUCUCUGACUCUAUGUAAUAGUCUUCCUGAACAGAAAAAGAUGACCUAUGUCCACGCCAAGGCUCUGUUGCGUGGGUGGUGCAGUGAGCGGUGGCUUAUUGAGGACCGCAGUAAUAAUUCAUUCUUGCUAGGUCCCCGGGCACUCAUUGAGCUAGGACAGUACAUUCAGUCAGCUUAUGGUGAGCAUGUAACGAGCUGUAGCUUGUGUAGAACUAUCUGCAUCUACGGAACACGGUGUGAAGAUUGUAAUACCAAGUUCCACUUCCACUGUAAGACGAAACUUGCAGCAAGUUUGGAUCAGCUGAGGUGUCCAAGCUGCAAAGCUGAGUGGUCGUAA